AUGCCACGCGAUAGGUUUUUUGAUAUUUCAAGCUUUCUAUAUUUUACGGAUAAUGAAAAGGAAAAUAAAGAUGACAGAAUAAGAAAGAUUAGAAAUAUAGUGGAUUACCUAAAUACUAAAUUUUGUUACCUUUAUACUCCUGAUAGUGAAGUAGCUAUUGAUGAAUCGUUAAUGAAAUUCAAAGGUCGAUUGAGUUUUAUUCAAUUUAUUGCCUCCAAAAGAGCUCGUUUUGGCAUAAAAUUUUAUAAACUUUGCGAAUCUACAUCAGGUUAUUGUAUUCGUUUCAAAAUUUAUGUUGGCAAGGAUAAAAUCCAGGGAAGUGAUAUACCUGCUACUGAGAGUGUAGUCAUGGAAGUGGCACAGCCUAUUUUAAAAAAAGGUUACACGUUGUAUAUGGAUAAUUUUUAUUCAUCACCACAUUUAUUUCUGACCUUACUAAAAAAUGAUACGAAUGCUGUUGGAACUGUUCGGAAAAACAGGAAGAAUAUGCCAAAGGUGUUUUCUUCAAUGAAGUUGAAAAAAGGAGAAAUCAAAACUUUAUCCAGUCACGGUUUAUUGGCUUUGAAAUGGAGAGAUAAAAAAGACGUUCACAUACUUAGCACGAAACAUUCAAAUGCUGAUUUCAUAAACACAGGCAAAAGGAGAAAAAAUGAAGGUGGCGAUAGCGAAAAUAUUAUAAAACCGGCAUCUGUGCUUGAGUAUAAUAAAGGUAUGGGAGGCGUUGAUAAACAAGACCAAUUGCUAGCGUGCUUCCCAGUUAUGAGAAAAUGUGUAAAGGGUUAUAAGAAAAUGUUUUUUUAUCUAAUAGAUAUGGCCUUUUAUAAUGCUCAUGUUUUAUAUUCUAAAAUCAACUGCACAACCAAGGCAGGCAUUAUUUCCUUUCGUUUAGCUAUUGCCGAAGAAUUGCUGGAGCAAUUGUCAUUGCCAAAUUAUAAACGUCGUGGACGUCCGUCAAGUAACGAUACACCAUUUCGUUUGGCAACGAAAAAUUGA